AUGGGAAGGCCAGUGGCGGGGAGCCGAGCCGUGAGAGCAAACAAAGGUGGAAUCUGGCGGAGUGGCUGGCCCAACCCAGCCUUGCUGACAGAGCAGAGGCCCACGGCCGUGAGGGGCCCGCCGAGACUGUUCUGGUCCCUGCUGGCUCUGGCUCUGGACGGACAGGUGGGCUCGAGGCUGGCACGCAGAGGGGAGAGAAGUCAUGGACACUCUGGGGGCCUGGUGUCUGGCCAGGACCUGCCCUCAGUCCUGUGCCAGGCUGACGUCACCAAGCGUGAGGCCCGUCACCGGGCGCAGGGCCUGGCCACCUUGGCCCCUAACAACGCCGUGCUCUCCAUCUGGGAGCUUUUGUGCACGCAGUGUGCUUGCCGCAGACUCUUGCUGUCAACGACUGCUCCUCGUGGAGGGGACUGUGUGACUGUGAUGGAGGGCAUGCGGGGCGGAUAUUUGCAGAAGUUUGGACAGGACCAGUGUGCUGUGAUGCAACCAGACCACGGGCAGCCUCUGGGCCAGGUGAGCACUUUCUCAAUCAUUUUCCCCUUGAUCCGCGAUAGCAAGAUGGCCGAGAGGCAGCCCCAGGCUCUUCCACUUACGAGUAAGGGCAAGCCACGCCUUGGGCGGAAGCCAGCAGCUGUGGGCCUGCUUGGUUCUGUAGUCAUCCAGCCGCUCCGGGCUCCGCUCUGGACGGUCCCAGAGGAGGGGUCGGGGACGAGGGAGAAGCACACUGAACUGCGGAAAUCUUCAUUUGGCUGUGAGUCCCAAACCGAUGCGUUAGCCUUUCUAGAAGCACUGGUUGCCAUGGUGACAGAAGCGGUGCCAAUUGCAGGAGUUGUUUUUGUGGUUAGGGUGCCUGUCUUAGACAAAGAGAGUGAGGCCAAGCCGACAGCCGCCAUCCUCCCACUCUUCCAAGGGUUGGAUAUUGUCAACUCUGGCCUCAGAAGAUUCCAUCGACGUUCAGACAUCAAAGAGCAUGCAAUUAAUAAUGGGCAUCUGGAGGACUGA